CGAGUAGAAAGGGCAAUCUGCACUUGCUGCCCGAGGAUUGGGCAGGUGUGAUUGACUGGCCAACAAGCCCGUGGCGAGCGUGCACGCUACCGCGCUCACUUUUGCUUUCGCCUCAAAGAACAAUGGCCAGCCAACACUUCACGGAAGCGCUCAAGCAGGCCUUCGGUGCCGGCGCCGAGAACGCCUCGGUCGCCGCGUCGCAGGUCGCCGCCCUUGUCUUGAACAACAAGGAGCUUGACCUCAACGCCGCCGCGCAGCAGUUGGCUGCCGCUUUGGCCGACAACGACGCCAACACGCGCCAGAUCGUGUGCGCCGUCAUUGCCGCCAUCGCGGAGAACAAGGAAGCGCGCGUCGAGCCCUACCUCGCGCCCCUCCUCGGCGCUCUCCUCGACUUGUACACGGACAAGAAGAUGCAGGUCCGUGCGCCGGCUGCCGCCGCCGCCAAGGCCAUCGUCCAGGCCGCCAACCACAACGCGCUCCGUGUGCUCCUCCCGCAGAUCUUCUCGGGCCUUGACCGCACCAAGAAGUGGCAGACGAAGGAAGGUGCGCUCAACUUGAUCAACGACCUCGCCGAGCUCCACCCCGUCCAGCUCUCGCGCUGCUUGCCCGACAUCAUGCCGAACGCCUCGGAGCAGAUCUGGGACACGCGCCCCGAAGUCAAGAAGGCCGCCCACGCCCUCAUGAUCAAGGCCUGCGGUACGGCGUCGAACGCCGAUAUCGAGCCCUUCAUCCCCGCGCUCAUCUCGUGCAUUGCCAACCCGGCUGAAGUCUCCGAGUGCGUGCACAAGCUCGCGUCGACGACGUUUGUCAAGACGGUCGAGGCCCCGGCCCUCGCCAUCAUGGAGCCGCUCCUCGUGCGUGGUCUGAACGAGAACAAGACGUCGGUCAAGCGCCAGACUGCUGUCAUCAUUGACAACAUGUGCAAGCUCGUCGAAGACCCGGCUGAGGCCAUGCUUUUCACGCCUAAGGUCCUCCCGACGCUCAAGCGCAUUAUCGAGUCGGUCGCCGACCCCGAGUGCCGUGACGUGUGCAAGCGCGCCCACGAGACGCUCUUCAUGGCCGCCGGUUCGGUCGAGCUCUCGGAAGACGAGACCAAGGUCGAGUUCUCCUCGAUCCUGGAGGCCCUCAAGUUCUCGCUCGCUGGCGAUGCCAACGGCAAGAAGGCCACGAUCGACGACGCCACGCUCAACUUUGUCGCUGGCUGCGGUCUCUACCUCACGGUCGCCCGCAACUUCAAGCCGGAUGAGUGGUCGCAGUCGGUGCGCCCGUACUUCGGUGCGUUCAUGAAGGAUGCCGACAUCCCGCACGUGACCAAGGCCUUCCGCGAGAAGUGCUACAAGGACAACAAGGUCAAGGUCGCCGACGACGUCGUCCAGGACGAUGUUGGUGAGGACCUCUGCGACUGCGAGUUCUCGCUCGCGUACGGUGGUAUGAUCCUCCUCAACAACGCCCGCAUGAACCUCAAGAAGGGUCACCGCUACGGUCUUUGCGGCCCCAACGGUUGCGGCAAGUCGACGCUCAUGCGCGCCAUUGCCAACGGCCAGCUCGAGGGCUUCCCGUCCAAGGACGAGCUCAAGACGGUGUACGUCGAGCACAACCUCCAGGCCGAGGAAGCCGACCUCUCGGUCGUCGACUUUGUCCUCAACGAUCCGGACUUCAAGGACAUGCCCCGCAAGGAAGUCACCGACACGCUCUCGUCGGUCGGCUUCACGGACGCCAUGCAGGCGCAGGCCGUCGGGUCGCUCUCGGGUGGCUGGAAGAUGAAGCUCGAACUCGCUCGCGCCAUGCUCCAGAAGGCCGACAUCCUCCUCCUCGAUGAACCGACCAACCACUUGGAUGUCGCCAACGUCGCGUGGCUCGAGAACUACCUCACGUCGAUGACGACGAUCACGUCGCUCAUUGUGUCGCACGACUCGGGCUUCCUCGACAACGUCUGCACCAACAUCAUCCACUACGAGAAGAACCGCAAGCUCAAGACGUACGUCGGCAACAUGUCCAAGUUCGUCGAGCUCCGCCCGGAGGCCAAGGCCUACUAUGACCUUGACGCGGCCACGAUCGCGUUCAAGUUCCCGGAGCCGGGUUUCCUCGCCGACAUCAAGAACAAGGGUAAGCCGAUCAUUCGUUUGACCGACUGCUCGUACACGUACCCGGGCUGCGCCAAGCCGUCGAUCAACAACAUCUCGAUCACGUGCGCGCUCUCGUCGCGUAUCGCUGUCAUCGGCCCCAACGGUGCCGGCAAGUCGACCAUGAUCAAGAUGCUCACGGGUGAAACCGAGCCCACCCAGGGUUCGGUGUGGAAGCACCCGGCGAUGCGCUUUGCGUACGUGGCCCAGCACGCGUUCCACCACAUUGAGCAGCACUUGGACAUCUCGGCCAACCAGUACAUCCAGUGGCGCUUCCAGUCCGGCGAGGACAAGGAACUCAUGGCCAAGGAGACGCGUAAGCUGACCCCGGAAGAGAAGGAGCUCCUUUCCAAGCCCGUCAACUGGGAGGGCGAGAAGCGCGUCUUCGAGUCGAUCGAGAACCGCCGCAAGCUCAAGAAGUCGUUCGAGUACGAGGUCAAGUGGAUGAAGCUCCCCGAUACGGAGAACUCGUGGAUCCCGCGUGAGAAGCUCGAGAAGUGGGGCUUCGACAAGAUCCUCCAGAUCGCCGAUGAUCGCGAAGCCGCCCGCGCCAACAUGCAGGCCCGCCCCGUCACGGCCCUCGCUGUCCAGAAGCACCUCGACAACUUCGGCCUCGGCGCCGAGUUCGGUACGCACUCGCGCAUGCGCGGUCUCUCGGGUGGCCAGAAGGUCAAGGUCGUCCUCGCCGCUGCCAUGUGGCUCAACCCGCACAUCCUUGUGCUCGAUGAACCGACCAACUUCUUGGAUCGCGACUCGCUCGGUGCCCUUGCCGGUGCCAUCAAGGAGUUCGGCGGUGGUGUCGUGAUGAUUUCGCACAACCGCGAAUUCACGGACGCGCUCGCCAUCGAGACGUGGAACGUCGUCGCCGGUCAGCUCUCGAUCGAGGGCCAGGUCGCCGAAGACAAGACCAAGAUCGAGCAGAUCGACGCCGAGGAGUCGGUCGACGCCUUCGGUAACAAGGUCGUCACCAAGGUCAAGCGAAAGCUCACCCGCAAGGAGCUCAAGGCCAAGCUCAAGGCCAAGAAGGACGCCGAGAAGCGUGGCGAGUACUACUCGGACUCGGACCUUGACGGCUACGAGGAGUAAAUGCGCAAGAAGGUCAUCGAUAGAGAAUCUUAGAGCUGCUUAACUACCUAUACUUAUACAUGCGCUAUGCUUUCUACA